AGAGAGCUCUCCCAACCUCAAAGCCCUGUUUGACUUCGUCCGCACGUCCCUGACUCCCACUGAUGGCGACUCCUGGAAGGCCCCAGUGCUGCUGGUGGACGACCUCGGUGUCCUGCUCAGCCUGGGUGCCGCACCGGUGGCCGUGCUGGACUUCAUCCACUACUGCAGGGUUGCGGUGUGCUACCAGCUGAAGGGCAACGUCGUGGUGCUGGUUCACAGCAACGAGGAUUCAGAAGAUGAGGAAAACGAACUGAUUGUGAACUCCCUGUGUCAUCACAGCAACCUGAUCCUGUGGGUAGAGGGGCUGGCAACCGGCUUCUGCAAGGAUGUUCACGGCCAGAUUACAAUAAUUAAGAGAUUAUCCCUGGAGCUGACAGGGGAGCAGGAUCACAUCCAAAUCUACCAGUACAAGAUCCAGGACAAGAACGUCACCUUUUUUGCUAGAGGGCUGUCAGCUGCCGUCCUGUGA